GCUCGAACCUUACCGGAAUGCACGAGCUGCAGAAAGUGAACAAACCGACACAGAAAGAUGCAGGCAGACGAAAUGGAGGUACCUAUCAUUAAUACUAUUAACAAUAACUGCAACAAUCAAAGGCCUCUGCCGAAUGGGAGAGAUGUGUUCAAGAAUCUGCUGAAGGAUUGGGAGGUAAAGCCAGUUUGUAGCUAAUCGUGAGCCAGUAUAGAGGGGUCCGUGUCCGUGUGGUUUGUUGUUGCUGGGGAGCUUUAAAUGCCCUUUUGCUACAGAGCCGCUUUUGAAAGCAUGCAGCCCGGGUUGUUAUUUUGGUGACAGCGCAAGUGGAUGGUAUAAAUACCGUAAGCUUAUGGUUAAUUCUGAACGUGGCAAAUACAGGUAGCUAAUGUGACUGUCAAUCUCCAGGACGUUUUGUGGUCGAAUCUUAUCUUGCAGCCGCCGCCUGUGAAUUUGUCCAUGACAUCGUAGACCGGUGUCAGAUUUCAAAUAUACAGUAGGUUUAUGGACACACUAUUGAUGUUGGCCAUAUAAUAAUAAAUAAUAAUUUGGUGGAUCCAGUUGGCUCAUUUCUUUAAGCAGGCUAAUUAAUCUGUAGUCAAGUAGCUAAACUACAUUCAAUGCUCAAGCCACACAAUGUACGCCUAAGUCAUCAUAGCCCAUAUGAUCAUCCCACUUAAUUAUAUUUAUUUUUCCAGGCUAUUCCUCAUGUGAUCUGUGUUAGAGUUGAUUAUUGCAUUGGCCGAUUGGCUUGGCUGGCUGGCUUCGGCCAUAGGUUAUUUUUAACAUAUGCUUAUAUGAGAGGAGGGGGGAUGGGGGCUCGUGGGUAUUUUGACGUGAUGCCCAGUGUUUGCACACACUGACGGUGGAGCGCAGGGUUCACUGUACCAGUGUGGAAGGAAGGGUAGUGUUCAUAGCAAGCUGGCGGGGGGAAGAGAGAGAGAGAUAUUUGUUGAUGCCCAUGGGUAGCUGAGUGAAAGACACCAAAUUCCCCACUCUCCUUCAGACAAACAUGAAAGAGCUCUAUUGAGAGCAAUAACAACACAAACCUUAGUUUCCGGUGCAACAGACACAACCUUCCAGCAUCCUCUCAUCUCCUCUGGGGGGGACUCAGCCAAUCAGACACUAGGAUUGAUGCCUGUGUUUUAUUAUAUUCCCAAUCAAACAAUUGUGAGCUGAAAUUUAAAUGUGGUUGUGGGUUUAGCUUGGUCUCUGAUAAACAUCACAAUUUGCACUCAGGGCGAUGAGCGUCUCGGUCACCACAGUGACAUUGGUGGCAGUGGUUAGACUAACUAGACUGGCAUGACAUGGAUUUAACUAGAGAGAAAUAUGAUACUGAUUUAUCUCUCUAGUGGUGAUGAUACUGUGCUGGGUUGGAACAAAAGCCUCCACCCUGCAGAUCCCUAACACCAGUGGUUUAGUGUGUAAUUAACCUACAGUUUGAACACCUAAGUAGAGCAAAUUUUCGAUGUGGCACAUCAGACCGUGACUGGUCCAUUUUCUCUGUAGACCAAAAUAUCUUCCCUAACGAUUUCCCCCCAAAGCUUACCUCCAUUGUCUCUCUGUCACACUGUGAGACUAUCGGCACCUGAACCCCAGGCUCAUCCUCUGGGAAUGUGUCAGUCUCCCUGUCAGAGUGAACACCAUAAUCUUCUCUCCUCAGCCUGCUGUGACUCCUGCUCUCUCAGUCAUCUGGCUCAAAUAGGAGUCAGUGUGUGUGGGUCAUUCUGAGUCCAGCCCAAGCGUCUAAUCUGGAUGUAGAGGAAUGGACAGAAGUGGAGUGUGAAAAAUAGCAGGCAAACAAUCCUGAGGGGGACCAGUUUCACUGACUCAGAACGUCUUAGCUCUCAGAUGGUGUUUGUAACUGAAAACCACCUCCUAAGACACAACAAGUCUCCAUCUGGAGUGGGAUCUGUGCCAAAUGUAAUGUAUUUGGAAUUAACAAGUCAUUAGGCCAAAUGAUUCUUACAUUUCCAAUCCCUCCUAUUGAAUCUCACCCUAAUCUGACAGACUGUUUGGGGCUCUGAGAUUUAGGGUGCUUCAGGUUCCAGGGAAUUACAGAUGUUAGCCUUUCCCUGGCUAUUGCUGCCCUUCUGUGGUAGGAUGCAUGAAAACCAACUACAGACAGUCCUCAAACUAAAGCAAAGGCUUAGCAACUGACACAUGCCAUGUAAUUUUCUCUGUCACUAAAUUGCUGCUGAGACACUCGCUCAAGGCUGACUAACGGCAGUCCUUAACCUAUUUCAAAGUCUAGUCUGUCUCUAUCCAAGUGCUACGGUCUUUUGUAUUGGCUGGCAGUAUGUGAAUGUUGUUGUUUUGUGGUGCUUUGAUAAAAAAAAAAGUGGUGAGAUCAUGCAUACUGUAUCAGUCUGUCUCAAUCUGGGAAAAUAAUGCUUUUAGCAGCUAUGACGGCUAACAGAGGUGGGCUCUGUUUUGUCCAUAUUCCCCUGCCAUGCUGUGUGUGUGUGUGUGUGUGUGUUAGUGUGCAUGUGUCAUGUGCCUUCAUUUCCCUUUGUGGUUCUGCCUAGACUUCAGUGUUGUUUUCUGUUUUCAGAGCUCCAUGGAGUCUCCCAACCUAGAGUUUGAGUAUGGGGAUAUAGACAGCCUGACUGCUGAACUCUCAGGUAAGGUCUUUAAACAAUAACCCAUCGGUCACCAACCCUAGACCUGGGCAGCUACUGGGCACUGGGCAGGCUUUUGUUCCAACCACAAAACACCUUAUUCAACUAAUCAUCAAGUCCAGUUGAUUAGUUGAAACAGUUGCUGGAACAAAAACAUGCAAGGCAACCCCUGUAGCUUUCCAGGAGAAUUGGUGAUCACUGCUGUUCCAGUAUAUCCACAAGGGAUAUGCUCCGUCUUAUGUUCUGUUCAUAACCAGCAGCUAGUCACUGCAACAAUGUGCUACAGUACAGUGCUGCGCUGUCAGCAGCUACAUGGGAUUGAUUCAAGGCAAGAUCAUAGUUUUCCCUUGUUGAAUGCAGCUCCUUUGGUUAGGUAGCUAGUCCCACUGAGACAUUAGCUUACACAAACACAGACAUUACAGUUGCUCUCUUGUGACUGUUCCUCAGGCUGGAGUGACAGUUGGGAUUUAACUACUGUAUAUUCGCUGAAGAGGGAUUAGUCAACGAUGUCAUGAAUCUCAUAAAAAGACUACAGAAAGGAUAACUGGGAGCCAAAAUUGUUGUUUUUUAUGAAAGGGACUGAAUGAAACAGUUGACUUAUAAUAUAUGCAAUUUAGCAGAUACUUUUAUCCAAAGCGACUUAGUCACAUUGCAUCCAUAAAUUUGACAAAUGUGUGGCCCCAGGAAUCAAACCCACAAUCCUGGCGUUGCAAGCGCCAUGCUCUACCAACUGAGCCAUACAGCGCUUCCACUACAGUAUACCCCAUGAUGUCUUUCAUGACAUUACCUCUGUUGAAUCCUUCAGUACAGGAUUGUAUGUCAUCCUGUCUGUCUGAUGAUUCCCCUGUCUCUCCUGUUUGUCCACAGAGAUAUACAGUUACACAGAGGAGCCCGAGUUCGCCCUCAACAGGGACUACUUUGAGGAGGAUUUCAGGAGCCAUGGUACUGUUACCUUGUCUGUCAGUGGCGGUUUUGUCUUUCCAGACAGCGCUACAUGCCUGUCAUAUUAGUUUCUGUUAGUGUGUGUGUGUGUGUGUGUGUGUGUUUGUGUGUGUGUGUGCAUGUUUUUUUUCUAAAGCAGUGAGAGUACCAAAGGGCUUUCUGACUCACCUCGAACACGCUGUUUGUUUGCAUACCCUCGAAUGUGUUUGCCUGUUAUUCUAGCGUUUACGGAAAGAGAGAUGGAUAGACAGAGAUAGAGAGAAUGUAGAAGUGUAAUGGAAUGGAUUCCCGCCCUGGUAAUCAUCUGGAGAGAGAAAGUCUGAUAGAGAGAGGGGGUGAAAGAGGGAGAAGGACAGAGGGAAAGGGAGAGAGGGUCGAGGGAGCUGAUUAAUUGACCGCUCCCAGGUGUAAUGUUUCCCUUUUUCUGUGAGGAGUGAACAAGAGAAGGAGCGAGAGUGAACAAGUGAACUGUCAGCAGUGUUCUGCACAGUGAUGUGUGUGUGUGUCUGAUUGCUUGCUCCAACCUGACACUUUCAGCAGGAGGUUUUGGGAGAAGGUGACACACACAUACAGGAACACACACACCUUGCCAAACUCUGCUCUGCAGCUGCUGCCUUUCUUAGCGCCAUGAUAAACAGAGCUGCCUUAUCUAUAUGCUGCAAAACCACAGCUAACAGCCAUAGCCAACUACUGUGACCAACGGUUCCAUAUCAUGAUCAUUGUUAUUAAACAGCUGGUCGAUGCCGUUUUCUCUCCUAAUGAGGAUCAUAUUGACCGGAUGAAUUGGACUGUGUCAAUUUUGCUGAUCUAAUCUCCAUGCUCAUUCGACCCCUCUCAUAUUCUCUGAAACUCUGCCCAGUUCGUUGCUGUACUGUAAAUGUGGUUGUAUUCUUACUCAGCAUACUAAGUUAAAGGAAGGUUCAUAAUGAGUAAUAAUACAUAAUGUGUAGCGCAAGACAUUCAAUUCCACAGAGCUUUAUUGUACCUUAAGGGCAAUUUAGUUGCAGCUGCAGCACAUUACAUACAUUAAGAGAGCUAGGCUAGGUCUUCUUCUUCCCACUCUGUUUCCCUAAAGCCAAUAGGAAUGAAUAGAUGGAUCAGUGGACAGCUUGGCUAGCUGUCUGUGCUGCAAAGAGAGAUAGGAGAUGUGCUGUCUCUCUGUAUCUGGGUUUUAAAUAUGUCAGAACGGUGAUGGGGCCCUCAUCAAUGUUUUAACACAUCUGCCAGACUGCCACUCUCCAUCACUGCUAAAUCUGUUAUGCACCGAUGUCCUCUGCGUCGCUACUCUCCAAGCACUUUUAUCAUAAUGACAUUCUCAGAGCACUUAUCAGAGCUGCUCAGAAAAGUUACAUGGGAUGAACUUUAUAAAGGGAAGUUUUGUCAAAGAGUUACAGUGCUUUCAGCAAGUAUUCACACCCCUUGACUUUUUCCACAUUUUGUUGUGUUACAGCCUGAAUUUAAAAUGGAUUAAAUUGAGAUUUUGUGUCACAGGCCUACACACAAUACUCCAUAAUGUCAAAGUGGAAUUAUGUUUUUAGACAUUUUUACAAAUGAAUUAAAAAUGAAAAGCUGAAAUGUCUUGAGUCAAUAAGUAUUCAACCCCUUUAUUAUGGCAAACCUAAAUACGUUCAGGGGUAAACAUUUGCUUAACAAGUCACAAGUUGUAUGUAUAAUAAUAGUGUUAAUAAUAAUAGUGUUUAACAUGAUUUUUGAAUGACUACCUCAUCUCUGUGCCCCACACAUACAAUUAUCUUUAAGGUCCCUCAGUCCAGCAGAGAAUUUCAAACACAGAUUCAACCACAAAGACUAGGGAGGUUUUCCAAUGCCUCGCAAAGAAGGGCACCUAUUGGUAGAUGGGUAAAACAAAAGCAAACAUUUAAUAUCUCUUUGAGCAUGGUGAAGUUAUUAAUUACACUUUGGAUGGUGUAUCAAUACACCCAGUCACUACAAAGAUAACUCAGUUGCUGGAGAGGAAGGAAACAGUGAGGCCAAUGGUGACUUUAAAACAGUUACAGAGAUUAAAGGCUGUGUGAUAGGAGAAAACUGAGGAUGGAUGAACACAUCACUGAGUACAACUCUUCAUAUUUUCAAGCAUGGUGGUGGCUGCAUCAUGUUAUGGGUAUGCUUGUCGGCAAGGACUAGAGAGUUUUUUCUGGGUGGGAUAUAAAGAAACGGAAUAGAGCUAAGCAAAAUCCUAGAGGAAAACCUGGUUCAGUGUGCUUUCCAACAGACACUGGGAGACAUUCAGCAUACAUUUGCAUGAUGGUGUAUUGUGUGUAGACGGGUGAGAAAAAAAAUCAAUGUAAUACAUUUUGGAUUCAGGCUGUAACACAACAAAAUGUGGAAUGAGUAUGAAGACUUUCUGAAGGCACUGUAUGUCAGAACAUUUCUACUAAAAGAGGGGAACUGACUAGCUAUUUAAAUUCCAUUGAUCAUGAUGUCCUACAAUAAUCCCAAGAGUUGAGGUAAAAAAUAAAGGACACACAUUCCUAUUUAUACAAUAUAUACAUUUUAAGCCUAGACUCUCUUUCACUCACUCUGUCUCUCUCUGCAGUGCGGGGGACGAGGUGGAUUGAGCUGGGUCAGGAGCGGCAGAGGGCCUAUGUGAUGAGACUACUAGAUGCUCUGGAGGUCACUGACCGGGACAAGAGGCUGAAGGUGGCCCGGGCCAUCCUUUACCUGGCACAGGGUAAUCAUCACCGUCACUGCACACUACAAGAUCAUUUGCUUUGAUUGUAGCAUAUUUUCAUUAAGUGAAUAUUUAAAUAUUUCCAAUGCCAUUUCUCUGACCAACAUUUUCUUACGAAACAGAGGACAUGUACAGUAUUUAUGCUUGAGUCCUUCAGAGUCCUUUGAGAGUGUUGUGUGGUGAAUGAGCAUCUGUUGAAGCCUAUGUGUGUUUCUGUCAUGUGGCGUUCCCCAGGGGUGUUUGAUGAGUGUGACACAGAUGCGGACGUGAUCCACUGGUCUCGCCACAACGUGUUCCUGCUGUAUGACAUGGGCAUCUUCACCGCUCUCCUGGAGCUGCUGAGCAUGGAGAUAGAGUGAGUAGGACAACAUUACUGCAAUGUUACUACAACCGCACAACAACAUCACUACAAUGUCACCAUAACGCUACCACAACAGCCACAAUGUCUCGUAAUUACUGUAUUAUUAUGUUUCUCAACAAGUGUUAGCAGCACUGUGGUUAGCGCUUACUUCCCCCUUGAUUAAUGGUCCAAUACAGCCAUUUUUAUCUCAAUAUCAAAUCAUUUCUGGGUAACAAUUAAGUACCUUACUGCGAUUGUUUUUAAUUAAAAUGGUAAAAAAGAAACAAAAAUAGUUUCUUAGCAAAGAGCAAUUUUUCAAGCAAGAAUUUUGCUAGGACUGUAUGGGAGUGGUCUGAGUGGGGAAAACUAGCUGUUAAUGGCAGAGAGGUUUGGAACUCUCUUUCUUAUUGGUCUAUUAACUCGAUGUCACCAGGCAGGCCAAAACUCCAUCCCACCAAAACAAGCUGAAAUUUCAGGCGGUCUUUCACAGUAUUAUUCCAACCUCAUAGUGUGGCAAAGUAUAUAAAACACAGGAAAUGUAAGUGUUUGACUGCACUGGGCCUUUAAUGCCCCAGAGAUGGUACACAGUAGCAUUCACUCUCACUAGGUUUUCCCAGGAGUAGGAGAAAGAUACAGCAGGGGAAAUCAGUAGAGGAAAGUAAUGUACUGCUCUGUAGGUUUAGGCUUAUUAGAACAUCUCAGUAGCUACAUUUUCAGAAACAUACAUCAAAUGUGUUGUCAUGCAAUAUAAAAUAUCUGCCUAAAUGUAUGUGCAUCAUCAAAAAUAGCAAAUAAUUAAAGAGCAGCAGUAAAAUAAAAUAAGAGUAGGGAGGCUAUAUACAGUGGGUACCGGUACAGAAUCAAUGUGCGGGGGCAUCGGUUAGUCGAGGUAAUUGAGGUAAUAAACUCCUCUCACUGUCAACUGCGUUUAUUUUCAGCAAACUUAACAUGUGUAAAUAUUUGUAUGAACAUAACUAGAUUCAACAACUGAGACAUAAACUGAACAAGUUCCAAAGACAUGUGACUAACAGAAAUUGAAUAAUGUGGCCCUGAACAAAGGGGGGAUCAAAAUCAAAAGUAACAGUAACAGUCAGUAUCUGGUGUGGCCACCAGCUGCAUUAAGUACUGCAGUGCAUCUCCUCCUCAUGGACUGCACCAGAUUUGCCAGUUCUUGCUGUGAGAUGUUACCCCACUCUUCCACCAAGGCACCUGCAAGUUCCCAGACAUUUCUGGGGGGAAUGGCCCUAGCCCUCACCCUCCGAUCCAACAGGUCCCAGACGUGCUCAAUGGGAUUGAGAUCCAGGCUCUUCGCUGGCCAUGGCAGAACACUAACAUUCCUGUCUUGCAGGAAAUCACGCACAGAACGAGCAGUAUGUCUGGUGGCAUUGUCAUGGUGGAGGGUCAUGUCAGGAUGAGCCUGCAGGAAGGGUACCACAUGAGGGAGGAGGAUGUCUUCCCAGUAACGCACAGUGUUGAGAUUGCCUGCAAUGACAACAAGCUCAGUCCGAUGAUGCUGUGACACACCGCCCCAGACCAUGACGGACCUUCCACCUCCAAAUCGAUCCUGCUGCAGAGUACAGGCCUCGGUGUAACGCUCAUUCCUUUGACAAUAAACGCAAAUCCGACCAUCACCCCUGGUGAGACAAAACCGCGACUCGUCAGUGAAGAGAACUUUUUGCCAGUCCUGUCUGGUCCAGCGACGGUGGGUUUGUGCCCAGCGACGGUGGGUUUGUGCCCAUAUAGCCUUACAACAGGCCUAUAAGCCCUCAGUCCAGCCUCUCUCAGCCUAUUGCGGACAGUCUGAGCACUGAUGGAGGGAUUGUGCAUUCCUGGUGUAACUUGGGCAGUUGUUGUUGCCAUCCUGUACCUGUCCCGCAGGUGUGAUAUUCGGCUGUACCGAUCCUGUGCAGGUGUUGUUACACGUGGUCUGCCACUGCGAGGACGAUCAGCUGUCCGUCCUGUCUCCCUGUAGCGCUGUCUAAGGCAAUUUAUUGCCCUGGCCACAUCUGCAGUUGUCAUGCCUCCUUGCAGCAUGCCUAAGGCACGUUCACGCAGAUGAGCAGGGACCCUGGGCAUCUUUCUUUUGGUGUUUUUCAGAGUCAGUAGAAAGGCCUCUUUAGUGUUUUCAUAAAUAUGACCUUAAUUGCCUACCGUCUGUAAGCUGUUAGUGUCUUAACGACCGUUCCACAGGUGCAUGUUCAUUAAUUGUUUAGGGUUCAUUGAACAAGCAUGGGAUGCUGGCCCAUGUUGACUCCAAUGCUUCCCACCCGUUCAAAGGCACUUAAAUCUUUUGUCUUGCCCAUUCACCCUCUGAAUGGUACAUUUACAUUUGUCAUUUAGCAGACGCUCUUAUCCAGAGCGACUUACAAAUUGGUGCAUUCAACUUAUGAUAGCCAGUGGGACAUCCACUUUCUUUUUUUUUCUUUUUUUUAAUGGGGGGGGGGGGGGGGGGGGGGCGGAAGGUAGAAGGAUUACUGUUAUACUAUUCCAGGUAUUCCUUAAAGAGGUAGGGUUUCAAGUGUCUCCGGAAGGUGAUCAGUGACUCCGCUGUCCUGGCGUCGUGGGGGAGCUUGUUCCACCAUUGGGGUGCCAGAGCAGCGAAUAGCUUUGACUGGGCUGAGCGGGACUGUGCUUCCGUAGAGGUAAGGGGGCCAGCAAGCCAGAGGUGGAUGAACGUAGUGCCCUCAUUUGGGUGUAGGGUCUGAUCAGAGCCUGAAGGUAAGGAGGUGCCGUUCCCCUCACAGCGCCGUAGGCAAGCACCAUGGUUUUGUAGUAGAUGCGAGCUUCAACUGGAAGCCAGUGGAGUGUGCGAAGGAGCGGGGUGACAUGAGAGAACUUGGGAAGGUUGAACACCAGACGGGCUGCAGCGUUCUGGAUAAGUUGUAGGGGUUUAAUGGCACAGGCAGUGAGCCCAGCCAACAGCGAGUUGCAGUAAUCCGGACGGGAGAUGACAAGUGCCUGGAUUAGGACCUGUGCCACUUUCUGUGUAAGGUAGGGUCGUACUCUGCGAAUGUUGUAGAGCAUGAACCUGCAGGAUCGGGUCACUGCUUUGAUGUUGGCGGAGAACGACAGGGUGUUGUCCAGGGUCACGCCAAGGUUCCUUGCACUCUGGGAGGAGGACACAAUGGAGUUGUCAACCGUGAUGGCGAGAUCAUGGAGCGGGCAGUCCUUCCCCGGGAGGAAGAGCAGCUCCGUCUUGCCGAGGUUCAGCUUGAGGUGGUGAUCCGACAUCCACACUGAUAUGUCCGCCAGACAUGCAGAGAUGCGAUUCGCCACCUGGUUAUCAGAAGGGGGAAAGGAGACAAUUAAUUGUGUGUCGUCUGCGUAGCAAUGAUAGGAGAGACCAUGUGAGGAUAUGACAAAGCCAAGUGACUUGGUGUAUAGAGAGAAUAGGAGAGGGCCUAGAACUGAGCCCUGGGGGACACCAGUGGUGAGAGCACGUGGUGCGGAGACAGAUUCUCGCCACGCCACCUGGUAGGAGCGACCUGUCAGGUAGGACGCAAUCCAAGAGUGAGCAGCGCCGGAGAUGCCCAACUCGGAGAGGGUGGAGAGGAGGAUCUGAUGGUUCAAAGUAUCAAAGGCAGCAGAUAGGUCUAGAAGGAUAAGAGCAGAGGAGAGAGAGUUAGCUUUAGCAGUGCGGAGAGCCUCCGUGACACAGAGAAGAGCAGUCUCAGUUGAAUGAUACACAUAUACAAUCCAUGUCUCAAGGCUUAAAAAUCAUUAUUUAACCUGUCUCCUCCCCUUCAUCUACACUGAUUUGAAGUGGAUUUAACAAGUGUCAUCAAUAAGGGAUCAUAGCUUUCACCUGGAUUCAUCUGGUCAGUCUAUGUCAUGGAAAGACCAGGUGUUCUUAAUGUUUUGUACACUCCGUACAAUUUCAGGUGGUCUUUUCAAACAGCUCUUACGCUGGCUUGGGUAUUUCUGUCCAUCCCCCUGGCUCCUCUUUAAUGAGAGAGUCACCGCCAGGCCAGGCUAAUCCCUGUUGAGUGUUGCUGAAGGACCCUGGAUAGUGUGGAAUUAAACACACACAGGCACAUACAUGCACACGUACAUUCACAGACAGGCAGAGAGACGCACACAAACACACACAUACACAUUCACCAGAAAUGUUCAUUCAUGAAUACACCAUUCUCUCUUUCUCUUUUCCUCCCUACCUCCCACUUCCAUCCCUCUUCGCCUCAGCGUAGGAUAUGAGGCACCUGCUGGCUCUUAGUGAGGGGGGUAAGAGCAGAGAGAACAGGGUGAGAGCAGAGAGAGAGGGCACCGGCCUCUAUGGUUCACACUUCAAACAGCUCACUGGCGAGGCGGCAGAGCCUUCAAGGCUUUGUUUCCUUCGUUUAGUCUAUGUGCUCCUCUAUCUGCUCCUGCCGCCUCUAGUCUUGGUCUCGUAUCGACCUCUGAUUCUACUGCUUAGCCUUAGCAGGCAAGCGGCUGCCUCCUAUUACUUCGUAGCACCUGUUAAGCUGCGGAGCAAACAUACAGGGAAUUAUCUCUAUCUGUAUUUCUCCUCUGCCAUUUAUCCUGCCUGCACUGGUGUUCAUUCUCAGUUGUGAUUACGCUGUUUUUUCACUUCAAAUCAAAUCAAAUACUAUUUUAUUCAUCACAUGCUUCGUAAACAACAGGGGUGGACUAACAGUGAAAUGCUUAGUUAUGGGCCCUUCCCAACAAUGCAGAGAGAAAGAAAAUGGAGAAAUAAUAGAAAAGUGAAACACAUAAUAAUAGAUACACAAUGAGUAACGAUAACUUGGCUAUAUACAAGGGGUACCAGUACAAAAUUGAUGUGCAGGGGUACGAGGUAGAUAUGUACAUAUAACUAGGAAUAAAGUGACAGACCGUAGCAGCAGCGUAUGUGAUGAGUCAGAAAAAUGUAUGCAAAAAGGGUCAAUGCAGUCUUAUGGCUUGGGGGUAGAAGCUGUUCAAGGGCCUGUUGGUUCCAGACUUGGUGCAUCUGUACCGCUUGUCAUGUGGUAGCAGAGAGAACAGUCUAUGACUUGGGUGGCGGGAGUCUUUGACAAUUUUUAGGGCCUUCCUCUGACACCACCUGGUAUAGAGGUCCUGGAUGGCAGGGAGCUUGGCCCCAGUGAUAUACAGUGGGGAAAAAAGUAUUUAGUCAGCCACCAAUUGUGCAAGUUCUCCUACUUAAAAAGAUGAGAGAGGCCUGUAAUUUUCAUCAUAGGUACACGUCAACUAUGCCAGACAAAUUGAGAAAAAAAAUUCCAGAAAAUCACAUUGUAGGAUUUUUUAUGAAUUUAUUUGCAAAUUAUGGUGGAAAAUAAGUAUUUGGUCACCUACAAACAAGCAAGAUUUCUGGCUCUCACAGACCUGUAACUUCUUCUUUAAGAAGCUCCUCUGUCCUCCACUCGUUACCUGUAUUAAUGGCACCUGUUUGAACUUGUUAUCAGUAUAAAAGACACCUGUCCACAACCUCAAACAGUCACACUCCAAACUCCACUAUGGCCAAGACCAAAGAGCUGUCAAAGGACACCAGAAACAAAAUUGUAGACCUGCACCAGGCUGGGAAGACUGAAUCUGCAAUAGGUAAGCAGCUUGGUUUGAAUAAAUCAACUGUGGGAGCAAUUAUUAGGAAAUGGAAGACAUACAAGACCACUGAUAAUCUCCCUCGAUCUGGGGCUCCACGCAAGAUCUCACCCCGUGGGGUCAAAAUGAUCACAAGAACGGUGAGCAAAAAUCCCAGAACCACACGGGGGGACCUAGUGAAUGACCUGCAGAGAGCUGGUACCAAAGUAACAAAGCCUACCAUCAGUAACACACUACGCCGCCAGGGACUCAAAUCCUGCAGUGCCAGACGUGUCCCCCUGCUUAAGCCAGUACAUGUCCAGGCCCGUCUGAAGUUUGCUAGAGUGCAUUUGGAUGAUCCAGAAGAGGAUUGGGAGAAUGUCAUAUGGUCAGAUGAAACCAAAAUAGAACUUUUUGGUAAAAACUCAACUCGUCGUGUUUGGAGGACAAAUAAUGCUGAGUUGCAUCCAAAGAACACCAUACCUACUGUGAAGCAUGGGGGUGGAAACAUCAUGCUUUGGGGCUGUUUUUCUGCAAAGGGACCAGGACGACUGAUCCGUGUAAAGGAAAGAAUGAAUGGGGCCAUGUAUCGUGAGAUUUUGAGUGAAAACCUCCUUCCAUCAGCAAGGGCAUUGAAGAUGAAACGUGGCUGGGUCUUUCAGCAUGACAAUGAUCCCAAACACACCGCCCGGGCAACGAAGGAGUGGCUUCGUAAGAAGCAUUUCAAGGUCCUGGAGUGGCCUAGCCAGUCUCCAGAUCUCAACCCCAUAGAAAAUCUUUGGAGGGAGUUGAAAGUCCGUGUUGCCCAGCGACAGCCCCAAAACAUCACUGCUCUAGAGGAGAUCUGCAUGGAGGAAUGGGCCAAAAUACCAGCAACAGUGUGUGAAAACCUUGUGAAGACUUACAGAAAAACGUUUGACCUGUGUCAUUGCCAACAAAGGGUAUAUAACAAAGUAUUGAGAAACUUUUGUUAUUGACCAAAUACUUAUUUUCCACCAUAAUUUGCAAAUAAAUUCAUUAAAAAUCCUACAAUGUGAUUUUCUGGAGAAAAAAAAUCUCAUUUUGUCUGUCAUAGUUGACGUGUACCUAUGAUGAAAAUUACAGGCCUCUCUCAUCUUUUUAAGUGGGAGAACUUGCACAAUUGGUGGCUGACUAAAUACUUUUUUUCCCCACUGUAUAAUAUAAUAUGCCAUUUAGCAGACGCUUUUAUCCAAAGCGACUUACAGUCAUGCGUGCAUAAAUUAUUAUUUUUUUGUGUAUGGGUGGUCCCGGGGAUCGAACCCACUACCUUGGCGUUACAAGCGCCGUGCUCUACCAGCUGAGCUACAGAGGACCACUGGUGGACAGUGAUGUACUGGUCCGUACGCACUACCCUCUGUUGCGCCUUGCGGUCGGAUGCCAAGCAGUUGCCAUACCAAGUGGUGAUGCAGCCAGUCAAGAUGCUCUCAGUGGUGCAGCUGUAUAACUUUUUGAGGAUCUGAGGGCCCAUGCCAAAUCUUUUCAGCCUCCUGAGAGGGAAGAGGUGUUGUCGUGCCCUCUUCGCGACUGUGUUGGUGUGUUUGGACCAUGAUAGAUCCUUAGUGAUGUGGACACAGAGGAACUUGAAGCUCUUGACCCGCUCCACUACAGCCCCGUCGAUGUGAAUGGGGGCGUGCUCGGUCCUCCGUUUCCUGCAGUCCACGAUCAGCUCCUUUGUCUUGCUGACGUUGAGGGAGAGGUUGUUGUCCUGGCACCACACUGCCAGGUCUCUGACCUCCUCCCUAUAUGCUGUCUCAUUGUCGUCGGUGAUCAGGCCAACCACCGUUGUGUUGUCGGCAAACUUCAUGAUGGUGUUAGAGUCGUGAGUGGCCACACAGUCGUGGGUGAACAGGGAGUACAGGAGGGGACUAAGCACGCACCCCUGAGGGGCCCCCGUUUUGAGGGUCAGCAUGGCGGAUGUGUUGUUUCCUACCCUCGCCACCUGGGGGCGUGUCAUCAGGAAGUCCAGGAUCCAGUUGCAGAGGGAGGUGUUUAGUUCCAGGGUCCUUAGCUUAGUGAUGAUCGGUCCUGUGUGGCUCAGUUUGUAGAGCGUAGCGCUUGCAAUGCCACGGGGGACCAUUACGAAAAUGUAUGCACUACUGUUAGUUGCUCUGGAUAAGAGCACUGCUAAAUUACAAAAAUGUAAAUGUAAGCUUGGAGGGCACUAUGGUGUUGAACACUGAGAUGGAGUCAAUGAACCACAUUCUCACAUUGAUGUUCCUUUUGUCCAAGUGGGAAAGGGCAGUGUGGACUACAAUAGAGAUUGUGUCAUCUGUGGAUCUGUUGGGGUGGUAUGCGAAUUGGAGUGGGUCCAGGGUGUCUGGGAUGAUGGUGUUGAUGUGAGCCAUGACCAGCCUUUCAAAGCAUUUCACGGCUGCAGAUGUGAGUGCUACAAGGCGAUAGUCAUUUAGACAGGUUACCUUGGCGUUCUUGGGCACAGGAACUAUGGUGGUCUGCUUAAAACAUGUAGGUAUUACAGACUGGGUCAGGAAGAAGUUUAAAAUGUCAGUGAAGACACUUGCCAGCUGGUCAGCGCAUGCUCUGAGUACGCGUCCUGGUAAUCCGUCUGGCCCUGCGGCCUUGUGAAUGUUAGUUAACCUGUUUAAAGGUCUUACUCACAUCGGCUACGGGGAGGGUGAUCACACAGUCAUCUGGAACAGCUGGUGCUCUCACUCAUGGUUCAGUGUUGCUUGCCUCAAAGUGAGCAUAGAAGGCAUUUAGCUCGUCCGGUAGGCUCGCGUCACUGGGCAGCUUGCGGCUCGGUUUCCCUUUGUAAUCCGUGAUAGUUUACAAGCCCUGCCACAUCCGACGAGCAUCAGAGCCGGUGUAAUAGGAUUCGAUCUUAGUCCUGUAUUGACACUAUGCCUGUUUGAUGGUUCGUCGGAGGGCAUAGCGGGAUUUUUUAUAACCGUCCGGGUUAGUGUCCCGCUCCUUGAAAGUGGCAGCUCUAGCCUUUAGCACAGCGCGGAUGUUGCCUUUAAUCGAUGGCUUCUGGUUGGGAUAUGUAUGUAUGGUCACGAUGGGGACGACGUCGUUGAUGCACUUAUUAAUGAAGCCGGUGAGUGAUGUGUUAAACUCUGAAAAUGCCAUCGGAUGAGUCCCGUAACAAAUUCCAGUCUAUGCUAGCGAAACAGUUCUGUAGCUUAGCAUUCGUUUCAUCGGACCACUUCCGUCACUGGUACUUCCUGUUUGAGUUUUUGCUUGUAAUCAGGAAUCAGGAGGAUGGAGUUAUGGUCAGAUUUGCAAAAUGGAGGUUGAGGGAGAGCUUUGUAUGCGUCUCUGUGUGUAGAUAAAGGUGAUCUAGAGUUUUUUCGCCUCUAGUUGCACAGGUGACAUGCUGGUAGAAAUUAGAUAAAAUUGAUUUUAGUUUUCCUGCAUUAAAAACACCGGCCACUAGGAGUGCGGUCUCUGGAUGAGCAUUUACUUGUUGGCUUAUGGAUCUAUACAGCUCAUUGAGUGCAGUUUUUGUGCCAACAUUGGUUUGUGGUGUUAAAUCGACAUCUACGAAAAAUAUAGAUGAAAACUCUCUUGGUGAAUAGUAUGGUCUACAGUUUAUCAUGAGGUAUUCUAACUCAGGCGAGCAGAACCUCGAGACUUCCUUUAAUAUUAGAGAUUGUGCACCAGCUGUUGUUAACAAUGAGACACGCCACCUAGAUAGAAAAUCCAGCUAGAUUUAUAUCAUCCAUGUCCUUGUUCAGCCAAGUUUCUGAGAAACAUAGGAUAUUACAAUACUUCAGUUCCCGUUGAUGGGAUAGUCUCGAACGGAGCUCGUCCAGUUUGUUCUCCAGUGAUUGUACAUUCGCCAAUAGAACAGAGGGUAGAGGCGGUUUAUUUACUCGCUGCCGUAGUUUCAUCAGGGUGCCGGCACGUCUGCCUCUAUAUCGCAGUCUCUUUCUUUUCCGAGUGUCAGGGAAUAGAGCCUGGUCUAGGGUGAGCAGUAUGUCCUGAGCCGCCGACCCGUUGAAGUAGAAAUCUUCAUCCAAAUCGAGGUUGGUGAUCGCUGUUCUGAUGUCCAAAAGCUCUUUUCGGUCAUAGGAAAUGAUGGCGGAAAGCAUCAUGUACUAACAAAGUUAAGAUCAGCGCAAAAAAACAAACAAAAAACUGCCACUAUACAUUCCAUCGCCAUUCUAGUCUUUGUCACUGCAGUUAUAGGAAAUGAGAACUUCCUGACCCCAUGACCUGACCAGGUCCUAGUCAUUAGCGAUAUCUCUAGUCUGUUAUGUUUAGCUGUGGUGUGGUAUGAUUUGUACUGUAUGUAUGCUAAACUGCUUCUGUGUUCGACAGUAACAACCAAGCCUGCAGCAGUGCAGUGAGGAAACCUGCCAUCUCUCUGGCAGACAGCACAGAACUCAGGUGAGCAUCUUUGCACCUCACUGAUUUUUACAGCAGUCCCCCAAUCAGCCAAGCCAAGGAGUGGUUUUCAACCCCACUACUCCAGCAACCACUUGACAUUUCACUCCCCCAACCCAGAGUCUCAAGUACCAGUUCAGCCCAGACUCUAAAGUACCAGUGUACCAGACUGUACAGUCAAUCCCUCACUGACCUCCAUAGACUGAUAAUUACUUACCACCCUCACCUGUUCCUCCCAUCCCAUCUCUACCACUCUGUCUAGGCAGCUCUCUGUGUGCCUCCCCCAGUAAUGAUCUGUUGUGAUAACAGAUCUGUCCUAAUAGAGUGGAAAACCAAAUAACACGUCCUAAUAGCUUGUAGAAAAUGAAGGCCGUUAUGGCUUGUUUUCCGUCUGAAGGCGUUAAAUGCACAGGACACUGCCUCGCUAACGUUGUUUAAUUACUGUAGGGUGAUUUAGGCUGAUGCAUUAGCUAGGCAAGUUCAUGUGGAAACGUGUACAAGAGUAUUAAGUAUGCACACACACACAUUUACAGAUUCACACAAACCACACAUAGGCAGACAUAAUGUAUGCACAGGCACACAUAGUUAUGUUUUUAGAGUGGAGAGCUGUUCUACCUCAGUAGCUUACAGACUAUUUGUCUUGACCUGUUUGUCUUGACCUAUUUGUCUUGAUGCAUACAUGCACACACCUGUUCAUUCUGACCUCUGACAUCUUGUGUUCUACUAGGGUCUUGCUAAGCAUCAUGUACCUGAUGGUGGAGACCAUCCGUCUGCAGACAGAGGACGACAGGCCAGAGUGGAGAACUGCCAGAGAGGCCUUCAAGACUGAACUGGGUUUGUGUUUGUGUGUGUGCAUGCGUGUGUGUGUGCACUGUAAGACGUUUCUGUAAUUUCAACAGUAAAACACUGUAGAAUGCACAGUAAAAUACCGUAACUGUGUUUUACAGCACACUGUAAGACUUUUCUUUAAUUUCAACAGUAAAACACUGUGAAAUGCACAGUAAAAUACCUUAAAUGUGUUUACAGAAUUAAUUAUGGUACAUCUUGGGUUAAUGUUGUGAGCGGGGAAAGAGUCUCUGGCUCAUUAACAUACAGUAUGUUAAUGUCUGCCUUGUAAGAGGCUAUAUUUGUUGCGCCCAUGAGUGAGAAUGAUGUACCGCCACAGAAUACAGUAAUAUACUGUAUUUUAGGAAUUCUACAAACCUUGUCCUGAAAAUCUAUGGUAACUUCCUGGCCAAUUGCUUCCAUUAAUUGACUAUAAUUCAGAAUACAGUACCAUAAUGCAUUCUUGGAGCGCCAAAAACCUUUUGAGCACAAGUGGGUGCAUGGUAUUGUUGUUUCUGACUCAUUAACAUAUUUUGAGUUGUGUCUUUUAAGAGGCUAUAUUUGUUGCGCCCGUUAGUGAGAAUGCUGUACGAAUUUAACUGAAAUGUGGUAGUGGUUCCCUAACAAUUAAAUGUAUAUAGGGAACAGAUCAGUGUCUGCCAGACAAGAUCAGAGUGGCAGCGGGUCUUAAACCUUUAAUGUUUGAAUAUUUAAGCAUGUCCAUUUGAUCUGUUCUGCCCUGUAAUCACGGCGAGUUUGGAAACCUUUGUUUAGGCCUCUAGAAGUGCAAGUGAUAUGAAACACCUAGUAUUCAUCAAUAUGCUGUAAUAUUCAAAUGCCUAGCAGCCAACCUUCUUGCUCCAUUCCCUUGUAAUUACAGUAAAAUACUGUAAAUAUUACUUUCUUACAGUUUAUUAGUCACCUUUACAGUAUUGUACUGUGUUUCAUUUCUUUGACAUUAUAGUAAUUUACAGGAAGCUGGCGUCAAGUUACCCUGAAUAUCUCAGUAAUGUAUUGGCACUAUCCAGAGAUAGUCAGAGAUAUAUCAUAAGAUAUCUUGUUUUAAUUACAAUUAUUUUGAAGACCAGUGUAUCCUUAACUACAACAAUAUUUUCAGUAACGGUUACAGAAACUUUUUACAUGCUAUGACUUUGAUAAAAAAAUUCUCAACCUUGGUUGAAUGCACCGACUGUAAGUUGCUAAGGACAAGAGCGCCUGCUAAAUGACCAACAUUUUAAUGUUAAAAUGAAAACUUGCAAAGAACACUGGCUAAUAUGUCACUGGGUAAUUACAGUAAUAUAUUGUAAUUGGUACUGUAAUUUAUAUUACAGUAACUGACUUUUGGUACCGUAAAAUGGAUUACCGUAGCUGUACUGUAAAAUAAAUUACAGUAACUUACUGGCCAAUUGCUGCCAGUAAAUUACUGUAAAUUAUACAGGAAAUGUUUUUACAGUGUGUGCGCUGUAUGUGUGCCAUGUGUGUACUGUAUAUGUGUGCUGGCUGUUGACCCUUUCCUCUAACCUCAGGUUCUCCUCUGUAUAACGGAGAGCCAUUUGCCCUGCUGCUCUUCACCAUGGUGACCAAGUUCUGCAGUAUGAACGCUCCACACUUUCCCAUGAAGAAGGUCCUGCUGCUACUCUGGAAGACCAUCCUGGUCAGUAAGCUACAGCACAGACACCAAUACCUGUCCGUUUAGUAGGCUAGCAGCUUCGUAACGGAGAUAUUUCAUCCACCAUUAUGUUAUAAUCUAUUGUAAAUUCAAAACACUUGUUAGAAUGAUGUUAGAAUGCUAAAGUAGUGUCAGGCUAGACUAAUUCCACAAUGGAAAAUUUGGUUUGCCAAUAUCUGCAUAGAGCUCUGUGCAUGUGUGUUCAUGUACAUCUCUAUGGCUUUCUGUGUCCAUCUGUCUCUGUGUAUGUGUCCAUCUCAAUCUUUGUGUGUAUGUGUGUUACAGUUCACAAUGGGGGGCUUCGAGGAGCUCCAGGAGAUGAAGGUUCGAGGCAGAGAGAGGCUGAGCCUGCCCCCCCUACCUGAGGACAGCAUCAAGGUGGUCCGGAGCAUGAGAGCAGCCUCUCCUCCAGCCUCGGCCAUGGAGCUCAUAGAACAGCAACAGCAGGCCAAGAGAGGACGCCGCAGCCGCAGGGUACGUAUUAUACAAUCAUUACAUUAUGCACAUACUGUACACACACACACACACACUGUUCCUUGAGCUUUUCACAUACACACACCUGUGCGUUAGACUCACACUUGACUGAAUACACACCUGAUGUGUUCUAACAGUGAGCCUAACUAAACCCCUGCAGUCACAGAGGGCAUGGUGUGUGAGGCUAACAAGCAUUGAUUGCUCAGCCUGGCUAUAGCAGUAGAGAAUGUGAAUAGGAACCAUGUGCACACCAUCAGUAUACUGUAAUACUGUAUUCCCCUGACAGUGGAAUGAAUGACAUGUUCGUUCCUUUAACUUCUUCCUCUAAUCCUAACUGUGCUGUUUUUAGAUUAGAGCUCUGACUUCAUCGGGCUCUCAACCCACCUCCUCUUCCUUGUGUCCCUACAGAGUGCCUUUGUUGAUAGCUUGGAAGGAGACAGUCCCUUUCCCAAGAAGCAGGUCUUUACCCACUUUCCCUCUGCAUUUUCUCUGCCUUGGGCUGGUUCUUGCACCUUCUAUUCCUCUUUCUUCUCCUCUUAUUCCUCCUCUUCUUCCUCUACCUCCUCCUUGUCCUCUUCCUACUCCUCCUCUUCCUCCUUCUCUUUAUCCUCUUUGUCCGCCUUCACUGCGUUCUGCACUGUAUGGGUGGGUACAGAGAGACAGGGCUUGCUGUGGUCAUGGAGGUCAUUGUGGACAUGACUUGGAGCUUUCCUCUAGUCUCCAUCUCCACUAGGUUGUUUAGCUGCCACAGUAUCACUGUAGCCAACAGUUCACUGCAGCUUCUUUCUCACCACAUAGCUGAAUGGCUUGUUCUCCAUGGGAUAUGAGUCAUAUAAGUCUAUGCUGGUCACACUGCUUCUGUCACCUCUGUUGCUCUCCUCAGCAGCACACACUCUACCUGACGACUAGUUACUACCACCACACCACCAUACGUUACAUUGCACUGGUGUUUCGCUGCUAUUAAAUGCACCCCCCCCCCCCCUGCCUGAUGCUUGUUGCAUUGACGAUGCCUCAGUCAUUCAUUAAAACUAUAGAAGUGGUUUGAGGUUACUGGGUUUGUGUUGUAUGACUGAUGUGGUUGUAAGUGGAAUGUUUAACGCUUGAAUAUGGAGUUGGGCCCAAACGUUCCUCAGGUUUUUUUGUGCGAGUAUCUGUAACCUUUUGUCUUGGAGUGCAGCCUUACGGUAGGUAAGUCUGAGUAUUUCUUGUGGUUGAAGUGGAAAGCCAGGGCCUAACCCUGUGUGUGUAAGGGGACGGCCUCUUUCAUGCCCCCUGCUGGUUGUUCUGGGUUCCAGCCCCUGGUAAAGCAGGACAGCCUAGACACGUACAACGAGCGCGACCCCUUUAAGAACGACGAUGCACGCGACGAGGAGGAGGAUGGAGAGGAAGCCGACAGCAGCAUCGAGGGCGAGGUGGACCCCCUGGACCGUGAUGUCAUCAUCCAGCCACCACCCCCACCGCCCCCGCUCAGACCCCCCACUGAGAGGGCGUCCCUCCCCAAGGGUCUGCCAUGGGCACCCAAAGUCAGGUAAGACUGGGAGGCCCAGUUCCAAACAAACCUCUAGCCCCUCGCCAUAACUCUUAACCCUUCUGUGUUUGCAGAUCUGAAGGGAUUGGAUAGGUGUAAUAUAGCUGAAGCUCCCCAAAAACCAUCGGAAGGCAGGGUGGAUCUAUCACCUUAUUGCUUACCUCAGAUCUGCAAACUCAAGGGAUAACAUUUAAAAAAAUGUUUUGUUAUUCUACACACUCAUACUGCUGAUAGUGCCCCCUCUGUUCAGGAGAACUCAAAGUAACCCACCUCAGUCACUCAUAAAGUAACAGCCAGCUGUCUACACAUUAGUGAAAGUGGCCUAUCUCUCCAGUGUGUGUUUGUAGACUUAGGGACAUGAAUAAUGCAGCUGUGUGGAUAAGACCGAGAGGGAAGAGGGAGACAGGGGAGGCAAGGAAAGGAGGGCCGCGAGCGAUCCAGUCUCAGCGCUUAUCAUCCUCUACUCAUUAUCUGUAAACUCAUGUAUUAUUCACUCCAACAGAUGUGUGUGUGUGCGUGUGCGCGUUUACCCUUGAACCAUAGCGUAGUGCUGGGCUGAUUUAGCACAUGAGGCGGAGUUCCAGAUCCCAAUAUCCCACAGAGUACAGAGGCCGCAUCGAGCGUGACUGAUGAGGCUUUAAGCAGCCAACAGGGCACACUAAAGUGUGUGUGUAAACGCUCUAAGAUGGAUGUUUGUGGGUAACAUUUCGGCAAAGUGUGAGGAGAUGCAUCAUCUGGUUAGCAGCCUUAUGUCUUUGAGCAGUCUGUUUGGAUAGUAUCGCUACAAUCCUGGGAAGCCAGACUAGGAAACCCAGUAGGUCUAGUAGUGUGAUCAGUGAGAAGGUGGAUCUCAGACAGGGGGUUAGUGAGGUGCAGCAGGCUUCAGGUAAUUUGAGAUGCCUGACCUUUUCUUUCUUUCUUUCUUUCUUUCUUUCUGUCUGUCUGUCUGUCUGUCUGUCUGUCUGUCUGUCUGUCUGUCUGUCUGUCUGUCUGUCUGUCUGUCUGUCUGUCUGUCUGUCUGUCUGUCUUUAAGUCUGUCUGUCUGUCUGUCUGUCUGUCUGUCUGUGUGUCUGUGUGUCUGUGUGUCUGUCUGUGUGUCUGUCUGUGUGUGUGUCUUGGUCUUGGUCUUGUCCCUCUCCACAGAGAGAAAGACAUCGAGCACUUCCUGGAGACCAGCAGGAACAAGUUCAUCGGCUUCACUCUGGGAAAGUGAGUGUCACUAUCACUGUGUUCUAUCUGAAAGGCUCGCUCCAUGUAGUACACUGCCAUGUGUGGUCAUAGUUAUUGCAGUGCCAGUGAAUGUUCUCUCUCUGUUGCUGUGCUGAGUGAUGCUAUGUAUGUUCUGUAGUGACACAGAGACACUGGUCGGUCUUCCUAGACCCAUACACGAGAGUGUGAAGACCCUUAAACAGGUAAGGAGGAGAGAAAUCACUCUUAUCAUUCCUCCUCUAUCCUCUCACCCACUCCCCCUCUCAUCUGAAUCCCUCCAUUCCUCUCUCUCCACCAGGAUCGAGUGUUAUACUGGUGAUGAAGUAUUGACGUUUAUUUGACCAGCUAGUCAAUAUUCCUGGACAUUGACAUCCCACUUAGAAAUCAGUUGUGUGUUUGAACUGACUGUGAAACUCCCUUACACUGAGGAAUGCCCUUCUGUGUGUCAAUCUGUGAAGUCUAAUUAACGCCCGUUAAAAGCCUCUUCUGUUUACACAUCGGGCGCUGCCUGACAAGUGAUAAUGUCAGAAUACUAUAGUAUAUAGCCAUGGUGAUGUCUCAUUGGAAUAGAAUGGAAUGGAUUGUGGUUAUGAAGUGCUUUUCACUAAUUCUCAUAGUGCUUUAUAUUGUGUGGUGGUGGAGUAUAGGCUAAAUCACCAUAUCCAACCCCAUGCUCUCUUUUCCCUCCAGCACAAAUAUGUCUCCAUAGCCGAGAUGCAGAUCAAGAGGGAAGAGGAGCUUCAACAGUGCCCCAUGACCCUGGUCAGUGACGCUUCUUACUGUUGACUUUAUAUGAAAUUACAGGAGCUCCUCUAUUUGAAUGAGCUUAACGCUAGGCUAAAACUAUACUGGACAAUGAAGUGGGGGGGCUAUCAAUGUUUUGACCCCUAGUUGCACCACACCUCCCCAAAGCAUCUUGUCUGCUCAAUGUCUACAUUUAUAUUUUUAAACUGUAGUGCUUUGUGUUUUAUGUUGUAAAUGUGUCUUUGUAAUGAAACUUUGUUUCUAUUUUGUAAAAUAGAUUUUGAAUCUCAAUGAGACUAACCUGGUAACAUAAUAAUAUGAUCCUUCAUUUUCUAAGUGUUGGAACAGGGCUUUGUGAAUGGAAACAAGAUGACUAUAAACCGUGUGUAACUCAUAUUGUGUGGUGUUGUGUUGGUCAGGGAGAAGAGGAUGUGGACGAGACCCCAAUAGAGAUCCUGUAUCUGGGAAUGCUUCCUAACCUGUCUCAGUAUGUGGUGAGGACAUCUGCCAUUAUAUUCUGCUCCACCAAGACACUUCACAUGGCAUCAUCUUAUUUUGCAUCUCGAAAAUCAUGCCUGCACUGUAGAUUUUUACGAAGUAUUUGCUGUAUAGUCCUGUAAUGUUUCAGAGCUGAGAGGUUGAAAGCUAAAACCCAUGUUGUAUUUAUCAGAUUGCCCUUUUGAAGCUGCUACUGGCUGCAGCACCUACGUCUAAGGCCAAGACGGACUCCAUCAAUAUACUGGCUGAUGUGCUGCCAGAGGAGAUGCCGUAAGUGUAAAAGCUUUGUGCCUCUCCUUGUUCCCUCACGGUCAUCUUUGCUGUUCAGGCUUAAGUUGAGUGAUGGCAAUAAGAAGGAAAUGAAUUUAGUUUGUUCAGAAAUAAAGUGAAUGACUAUAGAUGUAUCAUGUCAAAGGAAGUUGUUGCUAUGAAUCACAUAAAAGGUGUGUGUGUGUGUGAUGGCAGAAUCACGGUCCUCCAGAGCAUGAAGCUGGGUAUUGACGUGAACAGACAUAAGGAGAUCAUCGUCAAGGCCAUCUCUGCACUUCUGCUGCUGCUGCUCAAGCACCUCAAACUCAAUCACAUCUACCAAGUAAGCCACCUACUACCACUAUCUGUCUUUCUUUCUCUCUACCUCUGUCUCUCUCCUUCUCUGUUUCCCACCUUUCCACCCUCACACACCAGGUCAGCCUCUCUCUUGCUCUCCAUCCCUCCCUCUCCCCCACCCCCUCAGGUCUGCCGCUGCUCUCUCGCAUAUCUCUUCCAGUGGUGUAUUUGAUGGUAAACGCAGUUUAACCACUUUUGCGGGAAAAUGCAUUGAAAGUAUAGGAAGAGUUACUUUUUUCACCUCAACCAGCGAUCAGUUUAUCCACCUAUUUUUUUAACCACUACAUCACUGAUCUCUCCCCCCAACACACCUUUCCCACCCUCACACACUUAGUCAGCCUCCACUCUCUGUCUCGCUCUCUUUCUCUCUGCCCCCCACCCCCACCUCAACCAGGUCAGCCUCUGCUCUCUCUCCUCUCCCUGCCCUCCACGUUCACCACCACGUCUCUCUCAUCUCCUCUCCCUGCCCCCAUCCAUUUGGCUCCUGGCAGCCUACAACACAGAUCCUGCACUGGAAUGAUGGGCACACAGUCAAAGGUUCAUACAUCUCGCCGCGCGAAGAGAGGGCAAUGGAUAGAGGGAGGCAGAAUAGAGAGAGAGAGAGAGGAGGAGGAGGAGGAGGGUUGGAGAAGUACCAUCAGACAAUAAAUGGGUACAUAGCAGCACUAUCCAUCUCCCAAAAUGCAAAGCUGAGCUCCCUCCAAAAUCUGCUCUUGUAAAGGAGGAUUAUAAUUCCUAUUUUGGGGAGAUUAGCUUCAUUUAUUGUCCUCCUACUGCUGCUUCUCCCAGAGAUGAGAGAGUGUGUCUCUCUUCAGCACUCAAAAUCAUGCUCCUUCAAAAGGGAUUGGUUCAAGAUGUACUGUUUGGCACGCCACCACUAUUGAACGGUAGUGAAUUGUCUUCACAGAGAAAUGGAGCAUCUGCUCUUUUGAGAAUAGUGUGCUUAUACCUGGCUGCAUCCCAUACCUGGCAGCAUGUCAGGACUGUUCUGUCAAAUCCUAAAUGAAAAAGGAGCUGGUUCCCCAUUUAAUAGGAUGAACAUAGCUGGAUGUAAUAUUAUAGUAGCGCUAUCUACUGCCCAAAAGGAUCACUUUCACUUUUAUUUCCCACUACCAACUCUCAAAUGAAGCUUGUUACAAAUACUUAUUAAUGCAACUGCAGAACCCAGCUGACGGAAAGGGUUAAAUGAGUCUUCCUAUGGCUCCUAUCCUGCUGGCUCUUAGACAGCCGUGGCGCAGAGCUGAGUACCUAUAGGGAGAGCAGAUUGGCUAAAUCCUCUUUUUGGAACCCCCCUCAUUCCCCUUGUGAGAGUGUAGAGGGGUUGUCAUUUCAGAGUGUCUUUCUCACCUCAAAAUGAUGAUGAUAGAAUGCUCAUCAUAGUUCCUACUUUGAAUUCAUAUGCAUACAGGAAUAAUAGUAGCUGUGCUAAUAAAAAGUGGUCUUGAACAUUCUUUUGAUGAUAGUAAACGAUUGCAUAGAAUGUAUAAAAGAGGAGAAAUCGCACUUCCUGAACUCCGCAGGCUGCUCAUGAAAGAUAGAAAGACUUGGGGUUGGAGGAUUAAUAUUUUAUUAUUUAAUAGCUAUGAAUUUUUCCUUAUUAGGAAUUAAAGGGCCAGUGUGACUUAGUGCUUUAUCUUGUCCUCCAUGGUUCUUGUUCACUAAAGACAGUCAGUGACUUUGCAGUGACCUUGUACUUCCUGUGUCUCUCUCUCUCUCUCUUCAGUUUGAGAUUGUCUCUCAACACCUGGUGUUCGCUAACUGCAUCCCGCUCAUCCUCAAGUUCUUCAACCAGAACAUCAUGUCUUACAUCAGUGCCAAAAACAGGUAGGACUCACUGACUAGAACUGACUACCACUUAAUUUCUGCCACAGUGCCAGAGGUGCAUCUGCACCCACAUAAAGGCAUGGCUUCCAUCUGCAUCCACAUAAAGGCAUGGCUUCUGUCUGGCAGGUUUUUAUUUCCUGCUUAUAAAAGACACAGGUUGCUGCAGGGUUUAGGUGGAGGUGCCAAAACACAAGGGGUUCAGGUGUGGAUGGUACAUGUGUCUCUCACACCUCAAUGACAGGUAUAACACCACUGUUGACAGAAAGAUAGGCUGUAAUAAUCCGUUUUUUUGUGUGUGUGAUCUCCUCUGUGUGCUCUCAUUGUAGUAUAUGUGUGCUGGACUUCCCUCACUGUGUGGUCCACGAGAUGCCUGAACUCACGGCUGAGAGCUUGGUGAGUCCAGAUCACAAACCCAUGUGUUUACAUCAGACUGUUCAAAUGUUAAAGACAUGGCUAUGGGUUUGGUUUAUCAAUUGGCUGAGAUUAGACACUGGCCGUGUCCGGAUACCCAUCCUAAAUAGUAGGCCGUUUAAUGUGUAUUCUUUGUGGGCGUUUCAAUUCUCCUAACCCUGUUGUUUCCUGUGGUUGUAGGAAGCUGGAGACAGUAAUCAGUUCUGCUGGCGGAAUCUCUUCUCCUGCAUCAACCUGCUGAGGAUCCUCAACAAGCUGACCAAGUGGAAACACUCCAGGACCAUGGUGAGCGAGACCUGGUCUUGCCUCUCUCUCUAGCAUCAUACUGUAUGUCCCUUAUUCAAUGCCCACUUGUAGAACCUAUCAAAUCCUUUCAGAUCUACAAGAGUGCCUAGGGAGUACAGGCUAGGGGUCAGUUUGGAAUUCAAAGAUUUGUGACGGGACGCUUUUGAGAUGCACUCAGUGUCCUUCUCUUCCUUCUCCUCCUCCUCUCUCAGAUGUUGGUGGUGUUCAAGUCAGCUCCCAUCCUGAAGAGGGCGCUGAAGGUCAAACAGGCCAUGAUGCAGCUAUAUGUCCUCAAGCUGCUCAAGAUCCAGACCAAGUACCUGGGCCGCCAGUGGAGGAAGAGCAACAUGAAGACCAUGUCAGCCAUCUACCAGAAAGUACGACACAGGCUCAAUGACGAUUGGGCCUAUGGCAAUGGUAAGAUGCAGAGGAAAUACACUUUUAAACGCAUACCUGAAGUAAACUCUUAAUUCACUGGUGUGUAGGAGAUGUGAAAGCUAUGCAACGAAUCGGAAUGUGAUGAUGAAUGUGAAUGUAAUGCAGUAGGUACAUACUACAGUUGAAGUCGGAAGUUUACAUACACCUUAACCAAAUACAUUUAAACUCAGUUUUUCACAAUUCCUGACAUUUAAUCCUAGUAAAAAUUCCCUCUUAGGUCAGUUAGGAUCACCAUUUUAUUUUAAGAAUGUGAAAUGUCAGAGUAAUAGUAGAGAGAAUUAUUUAUUUAAGCUUUUAUUUCUUUUAUUUCUUUCAUCACAUUCCCAGUGGGUGAGAAGUUUACAUAUACUCAAUUAGUAUUUGGUAGCAUUGCCUUUAAAUUGUUUAACUUGGGUCAAACGUUUUGGGUAGCCUUCCACAAGCUUCCCACAAUAGGUUGGGUGAAUUUUGGCCCAUUCCUCCUGACAGAGCUGGUGUAACUGAGUCAGGUUUGUAGGCCUCCUUGCUCGCACACGCUUUUUCAGUUCUGCCACAAAUGUUCUAUAUGAUUGAGGUCAGGGCUUUGUGAUGGCCACUCCACUACCUUGACUUAGUUGUCCUUAAGCCAUUUUGCCACAGCUUUAGAAGUAUGCUUGGGGUCAUUGUCCAUUUGGAAGACCCAUUUGCGACCAAGCUUUAAAUUCCUGACUGAUGUCUUGAGAUGUUGCUUCAAUAUAUCCACCAAAUUUUCCUUCCUCAUGAUGCCAUCCAUUUUUUUUGAAGUGCACCAGACCCUCCUGCAGCAAAGCACCCCCACAGCAUGAUUCUACCACCCCCAUGCUUCACGGUUGGGAUGAUGUUCUCCGGCUUGCAAGCAUCCCCCUUUUUCCUCCAAACGUAACGAUGGUCAUUAUUAUGGCCAAACAGUUCUAUUUUUGUUUCAUCAGACCAGAGGACAUUUCUCCAAAAAGUACGAUCUUUGUCCCCAUGUGCAGUUGCAAACCGUAGUCUGGCUUUUUUAUGGCGGUUUUGGAGCAGUGGCUUCUUCCUUGCUGAGCGGCCUUUCAGGUUAUGUCGAUAUAGGACUCGUUAUACUGUGGAUAUAGAUACUUUUGUACCUGUUUCCUCCAGGAUCUUCACAAGGUCCUUUGCUGUUGUUCUGGGAUUGAUUUGCACUUUUCGCACCAAAGUACGUUCAUCUCUAGGAGACAGAACGUGUCUCCUUCCUGAGCGGUAUGAUGGCUGCAUGGUCCCAUGGUGUUUAUACUUGCGCACUAUUGUUUGUACAGAUGAACGUGGUACUUUCAGGCGUUUGGAAAUUGCUCCCAAGGAUGAACAAGGCUUGUGGAGGUCUACAGUUUUUUUUCUGAGGUCUUGGCUGAUUUAUUUUGAUUUUCCCAUGAUGUCAAGCAAAGAGGCACUGAGUUUGAAGGUAGGCCUUGAAAUACAUCCACAGGUACACCUCCAAUUGACUCAAAUGAUGUCAAUUAGCCUAUCAGAAGCUUCUAAAGCCAUGACAUAAUUUUCUGGAAUUUUCCAAGCUGUUUAAAGGCACUGUCAACUUAGUGUAUGUAAACUUCUGACCCACUGGAAUUGUGAUAUAGUGAAUUAUAAGUGAAAUAAUCUGUCUGUAAACAAUUGUUACUUGUGUCAUGCACAAAGUAGAUGUCCUAACCGACAUGCCAAAACUAUAGUUUGUUAACAAGAAAUUUGUGGAGUGGUUGAAAAACGAGUUUUAAUGACUCCAACCUAAGUGUAUGUAAACUUCCGACUUCAACUGUAUAUGCCUUUGAUUAGGAUCUCCGUAACUGAAAGUCCAAUCACCCAACUACAGUAAGAUGAAGGCCGGUAACUAAGGAUGUGUUGCCAUAGUAACCCAACCAGGGGUCAGCUAGGGGUGAGAGGCCCUCAGAGAAAGAGACAACUGUCUGUCAUCACAUGUCUCAGGUUCUAUUCUCAAUGGACCAGAUAGGCAGAGAGCAAGAGAGGAGAGAGAUCCCUUGGUCCCACAUGUCCCUCUGCUGUAAUUGCAAUCCCAGACUUCACUGUUUUCUUUGUAUUGAUUGAUUAUUGAGGUCUAUUGUCCUUUAACAACAGUAUAAAAUGUAUAUUCCAAACAGAAAAUCGACAGAGACAAGGGAAAGGGUUAUGUGGUGUUGUUCAUCAAGUUAAUAGACUGUUGUUGUUGUUCUUUUGUCCUCCAGAUAUCGACGCGAGGCCGUGGGACUUCCAGGCAGAGGAGUGCGCCCUGAGGGAGAGCAUCGAGAAGUUCAACAGCCGCCGCUAUGAGAAGAACCAGAACGGAGAGUUCGCCCCGGUGGACAACUGCCUGCAAAGCGUUCUGGGCCAGCGUGUUGAACUGCCGGAGGACUUCCACUACAGCUAUGAAAUGUGGCUGGAGAGAGAAGUGUUUUCACAGCCUAUCCAAUGGGAGGGCCUACUACAACAGGCCCAGUGA